AAACUGCUAAAAAAAUUGAUCCGACACCAACAGAUGUAGAAAUAGUGAAUGUAUAUCCUGGGGAUAGUAAAAACUGGAUCGAGCGAUUUUCAGAAGAUAUUGAAUUUGAAGAUGUAUGCGUAGAAAAUGAAAUGACUGGUACAGGUAUUCCACACGCGCAGCAAACUAAACAAUCGAUACCAAAUAAUGAUUGUGCAAAAAAAUCGCGUGCGAGAGUAAUAGAAUCAGUUUUUUCGGGCAAAAUAGUUGUACAUAGAAUUGAUAACAUAGAUCCGUUUACUAUCCCCGAAUUCAUUCAACGAUAUGCGUCGGACAUUGAAGAUGUGUGGAAGAAUUCAAUUAAAAAACAUAUUGCGGUAAAGACUUCUUUAGAUUUAGUUACAGUUUAUAAAAAAAUAAUUAAUGUCAAUAGUAGUGCUAAUUUAGAAGUACCCACAAUUACACAANUUAAUGUCAAUAGUAGUGCUAAUGUAGAAGUACCCACAAUUACACAAACCCUUUCGAUUUCUCCUUUUGUUUUAACACCAUCAAAACUUGGAUUUGGGGAUGAUGAUGAGGGCAUUGAAGUAGUGGCAAAAACUAAUGAGAAAUACAUGUCAAUUAGAAAAACAAUUAAAACAACUAAUAAUAAGCGGUUGACGUUGAAAUUUAUAGACUCAUUAAACUUUUUACCUUCUUCUAUUGAAAAAUUAGCUGAAACUUUAAUGCCCGAACAAUUUACCAUUACAAGGAGAAUGUACACGAAUGAUGAUGUGUCGUAA